AUGAGGAGCUUGUCUUCUCUUGGGCCGGUGGGCUGCUACCUGCGAAACAUGGCGUGCCUCAUCGCGCGGCAUCAGCAUGCGCAGCAAAGCUUGCAUACAUCGUGCAAGCGCUUUCACUAUGACGAACUUUUUUCGUGGGAUGAUGAGACACGGAUUCCGUCGGCGCGCAAUGUGACAUGUACGGCGUCAGGACUCUUGCGCUUGGGACACGGUGGCUUGUCGGUCUGUCAGGGCGCGGACAGCUCUCACAUGCUCAGCUUAGCACAGGCGGCUGGCAUGCUCGCAGCGAAGCGUGCGUCGGAUGUGGUGCCGACGCGUAUGUCGAGGACGUUGAGAGACGUGCAAGUGUGGAUAUAUGCUGAGCAGCCGACUGAUCAUGAGGCUACGGAUAGGGACAAGUCAUCACCGUCGCUCAUGACAGAGGAGCAUACUCCCGCAUCCAACAUGUCAUCAUCAAUGUCUCCAAAGGGAGAUGGUGGAUUCUCUGCCGAGGGUCUAUUGGAUCCAGAUACAUGGAUGGCACAAGCGCCUCAGCCAGCUGCAUCGGCAUCCGCUCCCGGUGCUGUCUCAGACACACACGUGCCAUCCAGUAUAGAGAUGGGAAGUCGUAUGCAGUCAGGUUCGGCAUGGAUGGACGCAAAUACGACAGUGCGUGUCGUUUGCCGCACAAGAGCGAGUGAACCAACGCAUACUGAGGCCAUGGCUGCCUGUAUGGCCACAUGCCUAACGUUGUGUGAUAUUGUUCACGCUUCAUGCGGACAUAUGCCAGUAGUAGAGCAAAUGAGUGUUUCGAGCGAGAUGGAAUAA